CAGUCGUUAACUGUUCACUGUUGAACAUAGCCUCCUCGUAAGAGGAGGAGAGAGUAGUUGCCACGCUUGACAAGCGAUUUGGCACCCACAGUUUGGCUUUUAGUGAUGUUUUAAGAGAGAAACUGCUACCUAUUCCUCAACUACAAGCUCUCUUAGGCGCCUUCUACGACGCCCACGGGAAUGGAAGGGGUGUCUUAUUAAAUGCCGGGAUCUACACGACUAUUUAAAAUCGUAUUCGUAAUUAAAAAAGAUCCCUUUUGCAAUAUCACUAAACUGUAAGAAGUGAAUCCCAGUUAGUGUAACAUCAUCAUUUUAGAAUUCGAUUAUAGGCAGUCUUAUUAUUGUAUGUAUGUAAUUUGGUGCUAUUGUAAAGGUAUUUUCUUUUCAGUAUCAAUAUGGUUAAGUGGAGAAAAGUAAGGUAAAGAACGCAGGUAUAAAAUUAUGUAAGUUGGCAGUUAACACCACAACGUGAAUAUUGUGAAUAGGUCGGAUCAAAUCCCCAUUCAUCUGUCAGGGCACGCGUACCUAAAACUUUUUCAUAUUUUAUACAGCACGUUACGGUGUCGUAUCGCCUCUCUCAUUUAAAUAAUCAAUCGGUUAUUAAUGUCUAUCGCCGGUGAUGUGGCAAUAUCUUUUCAAACUUCACUCUUCAAGGGUGCCAUCGGGUUUUGUAGAUAAAUUGAGCUUUUGUGUUAGGGACAAUAUUUCAUAUGCGCAUAUUUUUAAAAGCUUAUAAUAAUGACUUAUAGGUAUCUUUUUUUAUACAACUUAGAAUGGCAAACAAGCUGACGACCCACCUGAUGGAAAGUGGUAACCGUCGCCUAUAGACAUGAGCAGUACCAUAGACAUAACACAGUAUACUGUUUCGCCCAUGCAUUCUUGAGGACUCAGGUGAUAUCUAAAAGAGAAUAUGUGCUGAUACUUUUACCUAUACGUAGAUCUAAAUAUUAUAGUUUUAAUUAUAUAGGGUUAGUAGGAAGGGGUCAUAUCAACCCGCAACCCUCUGACAGUCUUCAUAAAACUAAAAGACAUACACCAAGACAUAUAGUCGAAAUAUGGAAAUAAGUUUCACGUGAAUUUUUCAUCAAACGAUCGCGUGACCACGCGAUUUAUAUGAAUAAUUAAAAAAUCAUUUUCAAAUUUCGAUUAUAUUACUUGGGGUUACGUUGUUCAAUUUCUUGGACUAUUAUUGGGUUUCGUAGUAAGUACAGUAAAUGUAAGUCAAUAACAACUUAUAAUAUAAAAUCUGCACAAUGACUUAUCUAUAAUGGUUCUAUCGCCUACAGUUUCAGUUUAUAAUUACAAACAGGCCAUGAUGGAUACAAAUAGCUGCAAACCGGAGUCGCUGUGCCGUGUGUGUGGCGACAAAGCCUCAGGAAAGCACUACGGUGUCCCAUCUUGCGAUGGGUGCCGAGGUUUCUUCAAAAGAAGUAUAAGACGAAAUUUAGAUUACGUGUGUAAAGAAAACGGUCGCUGUGUUGUGGAUGUGACUAGAAGAAACCAAUGCCAAGCCUGCCGUUUCUCCAAAUGUCUACGCGUUAACAUGAAAAAAGACGCGGUACAGCAUGAACGGGCGCCCCGUCCAGCCGUCGCAGCACAACAUCACCUCGCGCUUCAGAAAUUAGGCUACAAUUUCACACGCCAGCAACCUUUCUUCCCGCCGUCCGCCCCUCUCGCUUUCUCCACAUUUCCGUCGCUUCACGCUUACAACGGGCUCACGAACACACCCGACUCACUUCCCAGUGUACAUAGCUCCUUCCUAGAUAGUUCCUCCUUUCAAGACUUUUCUAACUCGAGGCUUCCUGAGUCAGCGGAAAUCACACAACUCAAUCCACUCCUCAGUCCUCCAGUUGGCCCAUUGAAUUCUUUAAAUCCAUUCAAGAUUCCACUAUUUUCGACUGCCUUACAUUAUCCUGUGCCACACACGGGAUAUUUUCCUACUAACAUGUUUUAUCCUCCUGUUAUACCUACCGAUAAUCCCACAGCAUCUGUAGAAAAUGCUAGCGAGAAGCCGCUUGAUAGAAACUUAAAGUCACCAAAAUUCCAUGCAACACUUCAUAGCCAUGUUCAGAAACCAGACUCGAAACAAGUAGAAAAAAUUAAAGAAGAUGAAGUCUCGAGUUCAGAGGAGGCUUUCAAAAUAGAUGGAGCAGUUGAGGAUCCCAACAAACAAGAUUCCAGACGAAAACUAUUACAUCUAGCAAGUAAUUUUGAGCCAGCUGUGCAUGUCUUAUAUAAGAAUUCUGAAAUUUAUAUGCAGGCAGUAGAUGGCAAAGAUAUAUCAUCAGAUCCACUAAAAAUAGUUCGUUUAACAGAAAAUACAAAGAGAAGCUUAGAAGAGACACAAAUUGAGAAAACAACAAAUUCCAUCCGUGAUACAUGGAUUAUACCUGGUGAAGAAAUUUAUGAUCCAGCAGCAAAACUGUUAGUGACAUCGAUAAAAUGGCUGCAUACUGUUUCGUCUUUCGUUCAAUUGAAGAGCACAGAACAGGCAAAUUUGUUACAUUAUAACUGGAAAGAACUUUUUUUACUUACUGCAUCUCAGUAUUCUUUUUCUUUUGAAGAAGAUCAAAUAUCAUCGCAAUCAUGUUCAAAUCGAUCCAAUAUAAAAGAAGAAUUAAAAAAACUAAUGUUUCUUCUAGAAAGAAUAUCUCAUUGUAAAUUAGAUAAAUCAGAAUAUGAUUAUUUGAAGACGACAUUGCUAUUCAGAGCAGAUGCAGUGGAUAGUUUUUCGGCACAAAUUGAAACAAUUCAAGAUCAAACACUAAUGCUCCUACAGAAACAUUGUGCCACCAAAGAGUCAUCACGAUUGGGACGCAUCAUGCUGCUUUUACCUAGCGUUUGCUCGUUCGCAAACAGGGGUCUUCUUGAACACCUACUAUUUCCAUCUUCGUCUAAUGACGAGAUAAAAUUAACUCUCUCACGAAUAUUACUGUAUACAUCAAUGUAGAUAGCGACAAAAUUAACCCUGUACUUAAAAUAUAAUUUAUUACAUGGCUGAUUUUUAUAUACAAGCGACUUACACAUCAAUCUAAGGUCAGGCUUCAUCCUCACCUAUUAAUAAUUCUUAACUGCCUUGCUAGCGUAAUCCUAGCAUAGGCGAAAUAAUUAUUCCAUUAUCAUCUAUUAACAAACCCGUAGCGAUUUACUAUGUUAGAUCGGGUAACAAUUUACGACUUUCUUAUUAAAAUCCAAAAUUUUAUCUAUUUACACCGUUCUAUAUGUGUAUGUUGUCAUAAAUAAAUGAAUAUAACAUAUUGGAUUCUCAGUACCGAUUGACGAAAUACCUUAAAUUGUGCUAAAAAAACUAAUGACUAACUAUUUAUUUGAUCUAUUAUUAAAAGUAAAAUAUAUUAAAAUACUAUAUCUGUUAUUCGUAAACUCGAAAACCAUUGGGCGAUUAAUUUUAAUGAUGAAAUGGUAUAUGGAAACAAUAGUUUCUGUGUCAGGAAAACAGAUAAUAAAAAGAUAAUUAUAAAUGUCAUGGUCAGGUCACAAAGCAGUAUCUGACAAAAAUAAAUUUGUUUUGUACCUACAGUGAAUUCUCGUUUUAAUUACGACUAAUAUAUUUUAAGUAAAGUUUUUAGGUAGUUACUAAUACGACAGUUUAGGGGGAAAGAGAUUGUUAGUAAUGGAAUCUAAUUACUAGCAAUAUACCCUAUCAGGUCGACCUCCAUGCCUUUCCCCCUGGAAACCAUCGUGGUUAAUUCUAGUGAAAUUCGUUACGAUAGGCUAACUGACCUGCCUUUUCAUCCUCACCUAUCAUCUCUUACUGGUACUGCCAGCGUAUCCCUACAGCGUAGGCGGGGUAACCAUUCCAUUAUCACCCAUAAAAAAAUAUAUCACAGUGUAAAAAAGUAGUUCUUUAUAAUGUACUCAUACUUUAUAUUGCAGCAAAGGGAUUAGUAACGGGGAUUUAAUGCCUUUUUUACUAACAAUAUCACCUACCAAGUUGAUCUCCACGAGAUUCAUUUUGGAAAUCAUCGUGAUACAUUAUUGCUGAAUUUGCUACGAUGGGCCAAUUGACCUGUUUUCAUCCUCAUAUGUCAUCCCUCAUUGGAACUGAUGAUAGGUGUAGCGUACUCGCGGAUACUACAGUUUCCCAAAUUAAUGAUAAUAAAAUUACAUUAAUUUAAGAAUCUGUAUUAACGUCAAAUAUAUAACGUGAGUUACG